AUGGCGGCCCUGAGAAGCGAAUCCGUUCGAUGCGAGAUUGGACGAAUUUUGAAAAGAGUAAAUACGGCUAUUCUGACCAUGCUGGUAGCUGCAUGGGGCGCUACGAUUCAACAAGUUGCCAAAAAAGACGGGGCUCCAGAUCAUGGGCAUGGACGGCGAGCUAGUGAGAAUUCGGUGACUCUCGGGCUCUGCGGUAAAGGAAGGAACUGCUCAGGACAGAAGGAGCUAUGGUCAGUCCUGUUGUCGACAGCGGUGCUCUGA